AUGACCCCCACUACUAAGAGUGAUGUCACAAUUGCUACUUAUGCUAAUGGAAAUACUUCUUGCGUUUAAGCUACUAAUGGAUCUCUUUUGGCCUUAUCAUCUUUCUUCUUAGCUAUUUUAGCUUUAGUCUUCUAAUUUUUAAAUAAAAUUACAACUGCAUAUAAUAAACUAUUUGGUAAAUAUUUGAACCUAUAUAUUGGUUAUGUAUUUACAUUUAAUUGA